AUGGGCAACGACAGAAUUCUGGGUUGUCUUCUUGGGUGUCAUAUUCUUUUUAUUCCUUUUUCCCUCCCUGUCAAUGCCCUAACGGCCUAUGACUCUGCUGCCAAUCUUUCAUCUUCAUGGAUUAAUAAUGGGUCUCGAGAUAUUGAUGUGGGUUCUGAAGAUAACUCCACGCUAAGGCCAAUCUUUCUUGGACAAGGCAUCAAUGCGAGUUUCGCAUGUGGCUUCUACUGCAAUUAUAAUUGUGAAGGUUACCUUUUCGCUAUCCUCAUAUUCCCACCACCCGGAAAAUACAAUUAUCUACGAGUCCGAAACCCAAAAGUAGUGUGGUCUGCUAAUCAGAACUUUCUGGUUAGAGAUGAUGCAACCUUGCAACUCACGCAAGAUGGAGAUUUGAUCUUGAGAGAUGCCGAUGGUACUUUUGUUUGGUCCUCUAACACAUCUGGUAAGUCUGUUGUGGGCUUAAACUUGACCGAGAUAGGAAACCUGGUGCUGUUUGACAGCAAUAACACAUCUGUCUGGCAGUCUUUUGAUCAUCCAACCGACAGUCUAGUUCCAGGACAGAUUCUGGUUUUCGGUCAGAAACUCACAGCUAGUGCAUCCAACAAAGACUGGUCUCAAGGUUUGAUUUCAUUUUUCAUCACUAACCAUAUUGUGGUUGCUCGUAUUGGGUCCAAUCCACCCCAUAACUAUUUUGCUCUCUCUCAUGGUUAUCAUAAUAGUACAGAAUCAAGAUAUGUCAUAUUCAGGAAAGAAGGUCUCCUCUUUCCCUCCGCUAAGCCCGUUUUUUCUUUUCCUGGCCCAUUUUCUGCUCAGUACAUGAAGUUGGAACCCAAAGGUCAUUUGACAUUUUAUGGGUUUGUCAAUGACAUUUGGAAGGUUUUGUUCAAUCCCCUUCUUGGAGACUUCAGCUGUGCAUACCCUAUGAUAUGUGGCAAAUAUGGAGUUUGCUCAAAACAGCAGUGCUUUUGUCCAGAACCAACUACAGGAGAAACAAGAUAUUUCACGCCAGUAAAUGAUGAGGAACCUGACCUUGGGUGUAAAGAAAUCACACCCCUAUCCUGCAAUGCUUCUCAUUAUCAGAGUCUUCUUAUGGUCAGAAGCACAGGGUCCGCGCUUAUUCUCCAAUACAAUUUUGAGAUUGUUAAUAAAACAGAAAGUGACAUUGAAAGUUGCAAGCAGGCCUGUUUAAGUAAUUGCUCCUGCACAGCUGCAGUCUUUUGGUCUAGUGUGGAUAAUGGUGGAGCUUGCUAUCUACUAUCUGAAAUAUUUUCGCUGAUGAAGCAUGCUCAUCUACCGGGGUUGACGACAUUCAUUAAGGUGCAGAAUAUCUCAAAUCCAGGGGCUCCUCCAUCUUCCUCAAAUCCAGAGACUAUCAUUAGUCAGCUGUUGUCUACUUUCGGAGCUUUCAUUGGCCUGCUUUUUAUAGUUAUUAUCAUAGGAAGAUAUCUAAUUUUGAAAGGAAAAGAUGUCAAGGAAGACGGGGAAGAUAAAGAUCUGCUCCAAGUACCAGGGAUGCCAACUAGAUUCUCUCACGAAAUCUUGGUAGUGGCCACUGAAAAUUUUAGUCGGGAGCUUGGGAAAGGAGGAUUUGGUUCAGUCUUUGAAGGCAUUCUGACAGAUGGAACAAAAGUUGCUGUGAAGUGCAUCAAUGGUUUAUCUCAGACGAAGGAUUAUUUCUUAGCUGAGGCGGAGACCAUAGGCCGCAUUCACCAUUUGAACUUGGUGAGACUGGUAGGAUACUGUGCCAACAAAUCAAAUAGAUGCUUGGUUUAUGAAUACAUGUUUAAUGGCUCCUCGGAUAAAUGGAUCUUCCACAGAAACAAAGAGCUUGCUCUUGAUUGGCAAACAAGGAGGAAGAUCAUCCUGGAUAUAGCAAAGGGUCUAUCCUAUCUCCACGAGGAAUGCAGACAGAAAAUCAUCCACUUAGAUAUCAAACCCCAGAACAUCCUUUUAGACGAAAGUUUCAAUGCAAAAGUUUCUGAUUUCGGACUGUCCAAGCUAAUGGACAGGGACCAAAGCCAAGUUGUGACAACCUUGAGAGGAACUCCAGGAUAUAUGGCUCCUGAAUGGCUGAUCUCCGCAAUCACAGAAAAAGUGGACGUCUAUAGCUUUGGCAUUGUGACUCUGGAAAUUUUGUGUGGGCGAAGAAAUUUGGAUCACUCUCAGCCCGAGGAAGAUAAAUAUUUGUUAAGUCUUUUUAAGAGAAAGGCUGAGGAAGAUCAGAUGUUGGAUUUGGUUGAUAAGUACAGUGAGGAUAUGCAGUUACAUGGAGAAGAAGCUGUGGAGCUGAUGAGGCUUGCUGCAUGGUGUCUACAAAAUGACAAUGGUAGAAGGCCUUCUAUGUCGAUGGUGAUCAAGGUCUUGGAGGGGUUGAUCGAUGUUGAAGAUAAUCUGGACUACAAUUUCUUUAAUUCAUCAGGACUAGGAGCGACUGAAGCAGUUUAUCGGAGGGAGAUUAAUGUGGGUUUUGCCUCUCCUGUGUUGCCGUCUAUUCUAUCAGGACCCAGGUGA